CCUAUACUAUACUAUACUACUCUUCUCUGCUUCUCCUUCGUCUCUAGCCCCUACCCUACUCACUCACUCUCUCUCUCUCUCUAGGCUCUGAAUAUCUAAGCCUUCCUCUGAUAAUCCUCUUUCGUCUUUUUUUAUACUUUUUCAGACCUUUUGUUUGGUUUUUUGUUUUAUUGCUUUCUCUUCUGAGCUUCCGCCAUGAAAGCUCCGGAAAGUGACCCCAUUGUUCAAUCGACCCAGCUAUUAUCUUCGCUUUUUGAGGAAAUCCCACUUGUCCAAAACUUCAAAGGCAAAUGGGUUUUGAUUCGAGCCAAGCUUGAUGACCUUCGUUCUCAGCUUUCGGAUUUUGCUGACUCGUUUUCCGGUUCGGUAUCCAACGCUCUCUCCAUUGACCUUCUUGGGUCGGUCUCCGUUACUCUCAGCGAUGCUGUUUUGUUGGCCAGGAGGUGUCAGAGCCCUGGUAUGGCUGAGGGCAAGCUUAGGACCCAGAGCGACAUCGACGCCGUGAUGGCCAAGCUCGAUCGACUUGUUAAAGAUGGUGAGAUUUUGAUCAGGAGUGGGGCUCUUCACGAAGUUGGCUCUGUUUCCAGCUCUGUGUCGAAGAAGGAGGCUGUUCGAUCCGAGUCGAGGAAUUUGAUAACGCGUUUACAGAUUGGGAGCGGUGAGUCGAGGAACUCGGCCAUGGACUCGCUGUUGAGUCUUCUCCAGGAGGACGAUAAGAACGUGAUGAUUGCCGUUGCUCAGGGUGUGGUUCCGGUUCUGGUUCGGCUAAUGGAUUCAAGCUCGGUGGAAAUGAAGGAGAAGACCGUGGCGGCGAUUUCUAGAGUUUCCAUGGUUGAUAGCAGCAAACACGUUUUGAUGGCAGAAGGUUUGCUUCUCUUGAAUCACUUGCUUAGGGUACUCGAUUCUGGAAGUGGGUUUGCCAAGGAGAAAGCUUGUGUGGCUCUCCAAGCUUUGAGUUUCUCGAAAGAGAACGCCAGAGCAAUUGGUUGUAGGGGUGGGAUUUCAUCUCUAUUGGAGAUUUGUCAAGGGGGAACACCCGGUUCGCAAGCUUCUGCAGCUGGGGUUUUGAGAAACUUAGCCUCUUUCCCUGAAAUCAAAGAGAAUUUUGUCGAGGAAAAUGGAAUUGUGGUCCUUUUGGGCGCAGCGAGUUCAGGAACGGCAUUAGCUCAGGAAAACGCAAUUGGGUGUCUCUGUAAUUUGGUUACUGAUGACGAAAGUUUCAAACUUUCUAUUGCAAAAGAAGGUGGCAUUGAGUGUUUGAAGAAUUUCUGGGACUCGGCACCUACGGUUCAGAGUCUAGAAGUAGCUGUUGACUUGUUAAGGCAUUUGGCUUCAUUCCCACCAGUUGCUGAAGUUCUUUGCUCAGAAGGGUUCAUACCCCGCCUUGUGGGAGUACUAAACUGUGGGGUUUUAGGGGUGAGAAUUGCGGCGGCUCGGGCUGUUUUCGAGCUUGGUUUUUGCUCAAGAACGAGGAAAGAGAUGGGUGAAUGUGGAUGUAUUGGUCCUUUGAUCAAAAUGUUGGAUGGUAAAGCUGUUGGAGAGAAAGAAGCGGCUGCAAAGGCCUUGUCUAAUCUGUUGUUAUUUACCGGAAACAGAAAGAUAUUUAAGAAAGACGAGAAGGGAAUAGUUAGUGCAAUUCAGCUUUUGGAUCCUUCCAUUCACAAUUUGGAUAAGAAGUGUCCUGUUUCUUUAUUGGCCUCACUUUCGCACUCGAAAAAAUGUCGAAAGCAGAUGAUUGCCGCCGGUGCUUGUGAGUACUUGCACAAGGCUGUUGAGAUGGAUGUAGAGGGCUCUAAGAAGCUUUUGGAGAGCCUUGGUCGUGGCAAGAUUUGGGGUGUUUUUGCCAGACCUUAAAAACUAUACAAAGAGGUCUUGAAAUGGCAAAAAAAAAAAAACGCAGGAUAUAGAAAAUACUUGUGCUGUUUGCUUCUUUUUUUUUAGUUCUUCAUUUUACCCCCACUUGUUGAUAGUUGCUGUUUAUUUGUGGUAGAGAAAUAUUGGUAGCUUUUUUCUUGAUCAGAAACAUCGAUGUAGAGGCAUGUUCUAAGUUUGGUCACCUAACUGUUUUCGAGUAUUUGUUCUUUUUGUUUACAUUACUCCCUAAACUUAAUAAUAUAAUGAAAUUUCAGUCA